CGUCACGUAUUUCCUCUGAAUUGAGUUUUGGUCAUUGCAAUGCGAGCAGAGCGAAGUUGAACUGUGUGGAGUACUUGCAGUGUAUCGUACUUAUAAAGUGCGCGAUUAAAAAAGAGAAAUAAAAGUGACAAUGUGAUUAUUUUUGGCGUUUUGUAUUUAACUUUGCUAGAAUGUCUUUUUUCGUGGAUUCGGUUAUUAUGUUCACCUCACAGGUACUGUUCUUUGGGUUUGGAUGGCUUUUCUUUAUGAGACAAUUAUUCAAGGAUUAUGAGGUUCGACAGUACGUAGUACAGGUUGUUUUCUCUGUGACCUUUGCCUUCUCCUGUACCAUGUUUGAACUUCUAAUUUUUGAGAUAUUGGGAGUAUUAAGUAGCACUUCUAGGUAUUUUCACUGGAAGCUAAAUCUUUAUGUCAUUUUGCUGGUGCUUAUAUUUGUAGUUCCUUUCUAUAUUGGAUACUUCGUGGUCAGCAAUAUUAGAUUGUUGCAGCGGCAGAAGCUAUUAUUUUCCUGUGUUGUUUGGUUUACCUUCAUGUACUUUUUUUGGAAACUAGGAGAUCCAUUUCCUAUUUUGAGUCCAAAGCAUGGAAUUCUUUCAAUAGAACAACUAAUCAGUCGAGUUGGGGUGAUUGGGGUAACCCUAAUGGCUUUACUGUCUGGCUUUGGUGCUGUAAAUUGUCCAUACACAUAUAUGUCAUAUUUCUUAAGAAAUGUAACAGAAAGUGACAUACUUGCUUUAGAAAGACGGCUCCUUCAGACAAUUGAUAUGAUUAUCAGCAAAAAGAAAAGGAUUGGAGCAACACGACGAAUGAUGUACCUCCGGGGUGAAGAUCAAAAUAAGCAAACCGGUUUCUGGGGAAUGAUAAAAAGUGUCACAUCUUAUCCUCCUGGGAGUGAAAAUCUUUCAUUGAUUCAGCAGGAGGUAGAUGCUUUGGAAGAGCUAAGUCGUCAACUUUUCUUGGAAACGGUAGAUCUCCAUGCAACUAAGGAAAGAAUAGAAUAUUCAAAAACCUUUCAAGGAAAAUAUUUCAACUUCCUUGGCUACUUUUUCUCAAUCUAUUGUGUGUGGAAGAUUUGUAUGGCUACAAUUAAUAUAGUUUUUGACAGAGUUGGAAAAACUGACCCUGUAACUAGAGGCAUUGAAAUUACAGUCAACUACUUGGGCAUACAGUUUGAUGUCAAAUUUUGGUCGCAACAUAUUUCAUUCAUUCUUGUAGGAAUUAUUAUUGUAACUUCCAUCAGAGGUUUGUUAAUUACAUUAACUAAGUUUUUUUAUGCUAUUUCAAGUAGCAAAUCUUCAAAUGUAAUUGUCCUGGUUCUUGCACAAAUUAUGGGAAUGUACUUUGUUUCAUCAGUCCUGCUGAUGAGGAUGAGCAUGCCUUUGGAGUAUCGGACUAUUGUUACUGAGGUACUUGGAGAGCUACAAUUCAGUUUCUACCACCGCUGGUUUGAUGUCAUUUUUCUAGUCAGUGCCCUCUCCAGUAUUCUGUUUCUCUACUUAGCUCACAAGCAAGCACCAGAGAAAAACAUGACAAUUUAACUUUCUGUGCUUCCAUUUGGUUGGGAAGGAAAAAAAAACUGCUUUCAGCAAUCAUAAUCUGGAACUCUUUUAUGUGUACAUGCAGUUAAAUUGAAUCUACUGUCUUUAUUUCUGUAAUGGCAGUUGUGCCAUUUAGAAAUUUACAAGAAAUUCCUGAAUCAGGAUUUUUUUUCUUACUUUGUGGACUUAUUUAUUGUCUUGGAUUGUAAAAUGUUUGAAGAAUCAUGAGCUACAAAUUUGUUAAUAAUGUGGCAUAUUGUGUGUAUUUUACAAUUAUUGUAAAAAUAUUUUAAUUACAAUAGCAUACAGAAAUGACGAUAUUAGAUUAAACAACACUCUUUUGAAAAUAACACAAACUAUUAAAUGUACAAAGACUGUAACAACUUCAUUUUGAGAUUCCUGCUCCUGUCCAAAGUCUUGUAAAGCUUGAAAUCAAAUCAUAAUACUGUAUUAUGGUUGGGCUGAAAUUUUGCAUUAACACUCAAAUAAAUGGUCCUUUAUUAUCCACUGUAAAUUGUUUUCCUUUUAAUCUCAUUUAGGAUUUUGAGCCUAAUGGAAUAAUGAGCUAAUUAUCUCCUAGGAAUUUUUUUUCUGUGUGUAUGUUUUUAUAUUCUCAUAUAUAUGUAAUGUUAACCUUAAUUCUAGUCAGUCAAUGAUUAGAGCAAGUUUCUCAUAUUGCUACCCUCAUAGUUUUUAAGAAAAUUUAAGUGUUUGAAUAAUGAAUAAGUGAAAGAGCAGAAUUUAAUAUUCAUUAUAACUCUCACCAGUCUACAAAGGAUAACCUUAUAUAAAGCUGAUAUGCCCAAGGGUAUAAAUAAAGCAUAUAAACAGGAAAGUAUGGUGCACAUAUUCACCAUUAAAUGUAUGUUUUCAGAUUAUAGGUGAAAAUAUUGGCUAAAUGUGUUCAGAUUAUUCAUGCAGGAAUAAGAGAAUAAAAAAUUUUGUGGUCAAGGAUAGUUCUUUUAUUAGUGAUAUAGAACAUACAGAGAAGCCAGAGGCUGAGGCUUUAUCCUAGGCAUCUAUCACAGUAGGAUUUGUCUGAGAUUGUAACAAAAGAGCUGCUGUGAAAAACAGACGGUGGUUUAGGUUACAGAUUAGCAACAUCAUUCAAGACAAAAGGUCUCUUCAUCAAGGUUAGUUAUGAACACCCCAAAGCAGCAAAUAGCAUUUUAGUGAGCAAAUGGAAAUUGUUGAAGUCAAGUCAGCCAUGAAGUUUGUACAUACAGAAUACAUAUCUGUACAUAAUUGCAGACUUGAUGCAGUUAAAACUUAAAUAUAUAAAAAGAAAAUUAUAAAUAAAUUAAGAUGACCUUUUUUCCCUUUAAUCUGUUUUAAUUUGACAUUUUAUGUUGCAGAAAUUAAUACAACUUUCUUAGUCACUAUAGAAGCAGAGUGUUUACCAUAGAAAAUGUUUUAAGAUAAAUUUAACAUUGCUUUUUCUUUUAGUUACAGUUUUUUUUUUUUUUUGCUUUUUUAUUCAACUCUUUAAUCACAUACACACAAAACACACUAUAUGCUUGGACCAGCGGUUAGCAGCGCUGACUCAUGGAUUCAGUGUGAAUCCUGUCAUUAAUCUUAUUGUUUUUUGAGAUUCUACUUAUUUCUGUGUAGGUUUUCUCCCAUAUUCCUUAGUAGGCACAUUUUAUGCUGACAAUUUGAAAAUUGGCCUUUUGAGAGGUUAGUGUUAGUAUGUGAAUGAGUAGGCCCCUAUGGUGGACUGGAACCAUUUUAAGGUUUUGAUGAGUUAGGGCUCUAGCACUUGGGAUCAUGAUCUGGAUUGGAUUAAGGGGGUAAGGGAAUGAUAUGUCUUUAAUCACAGAGAUGGAACAGCUAUUCUGUCUACUCAGUGUGUGUAGUUGUUUGCAUGUUCUUAAACAUGUUUGUUCUUUUCUUUGACCAGUAUUAAUCAUAACCAGAGUCUGGGUGCAAAGCAGGCACAGACCCAAAAUAGGACAGAGCACACACAUUCAGACUGGGUAAUUUCAAUGCUGAUAGUUUACUUCAAACUAUGUUUUAGAAACUUUGUUGGUAGUUAUUUCUCUGCUCUGUAUGAUCAAGUGCAAGAUUCUCAAAACUUUAAUGGUUAGCGAUCUGUCCUGUAAAUGGGUUUUAUUUUCAUUAAUGUCAUUUCAUUUCUUAGCGCUUAUUGUAGACUAUAUGUUAUAUAGUAAAGCAGGAUUUUUUUUUGAUCUUCAUAAUGAUGGCAAACAUUCCUGAAGUGUUAGAUGAACCUCUGCAUGAAUGGUAUGCAAUUCGUAUGAGGUUAUAAUCCAUAUAUUUGGAAAUAUGACUGAACCGUGGUAUAUCAGGAAUUUUCCCAAGUGCUCUUGCAUAUAAAGGAAAUUUAGAGUUGACAAAUAGAUUUAUGCUAUGCAAGCAUAAAAUCUGAACGUCACAUCUUUCUUUAUGCCUUUUUUGAAAUGUCAAGGAGCUUUGCGCUUGUGUAUGUGUGUGUGUAUAUAUGUAUAUGUAUAAUCUCACAUACAUACACACACAUGCACCAUAUAUGUAAAAUUUGUAAAAUGAAUUGUCAAAUUUGAAAAAUCCAUCAAAUGUCAAUUAGCUCAGUGUCAAUUGCAGUGACCCCAGUUAGCACUGAAAUAAACCUAGAAUAUAUUUUAGAAUACUAUACAGUAUAUGUAUUCGUGACAGUGAAAAGUUAUCAUAAAAUCACAAAAGAAAUAAGUGUUUUGUGAAAUGGGAUAUAAAAAAUGGAAACAAUUGAUACAUCGGGCUGCAAGAUUCCAAUAUGUCAUUUUUUGAAACAUUGGGUGGUAUAUUUUUCUUUCCACAUUAUUGCAUAUUUGAAAUUAACAAUGUGGGCUCAAAACAUGUACAUAUAAAAUCUCAAUAAGUAAUAUAAAUUACAAAUUGUUAAUCUUUUAUACAAAAUACACUUCUCAUUAUUUGCAACUUAAUGUUUGAAAGUAUUAAAUUAAAAUUGCUCAAUAGAGUAUACAUUUCCUGAGUGAGGUUUGGAAAUUAGCUAAGUGUCAUAAAAUUCAAAGAGUCCUAGAAAAUAAAAGAGUUUGAUAAAAUGAACAUGGUGAACUUGAAAUCUUGCCUUUUAAAUUUAAACUUGCUCAUGAAAUAUCUUAAAAUAAUUUGUUUCAAGUGUACUGGGGUGCUAUGUACUUUAAUAAAAAAUUUUCUUUGAAAACAA